UCGUUUCUUCAAAACCCCCCGAAAAACGCACUCAACAUUUUCCCUUCUUCCCAUCUUUCUUCUCGGACCAAAACCAGAAGAACCAGAAAUCCAAGGAGAAAAAAAAAAAAAAAAAACCCAGAACGAGAACAAAAUGCAUUCGUUUGGGUACAGAGCCAAUGCUCUGCUGACCUUCGCAGUCACAAUUUUGGCUCUGAUGUGCGCCAUGGCCUCCAUCUCCGAUAAUCUCAACCACCCCACUCCCACUACCCAAGUCCAGGUGUUGAACAUCAAUUGGUUUCAGAAGCAACCAAAUGGGAACGAGGAGGUCAGCAUGACUAUGAAUAUAUCAGCAGACUUGCAGUCAUUGUUUACAUGGAACACAAAACAGGUUUUUGUUUUUCUAGCCGCUGAGUAUGGAACCCCAAAGAACUCACUGAAUCAGAUUUCUCUUUGGGAUGGUAUCUUACCAACAAAAGAACAUGCCAAGUUUUGGAUUCAUACUUCAAACAAGUACCGUUUCAUUGAUCAGGGAACCAAUCUCCGGGGUAAAGAAUUCAACUUGACGUUGCACUGGCAUGUGAUGCCCAAGACGGGCAAAAUGUUCGCUGACAAGAUCGUCAUGCCGGGAUAUCGCUUGCCACAGGAGUACAGAUGAGGGGUGUUUUGUCUUGUGUAUCUUUUUCUCUGUAGCUUUAGCCUCUAAUCUGAAAGGGGAUAUAAAAUGGUCACUCAAAAUUAGAGACUUAGAAACAGGGAAGGUGAUUUACUUGUUAUGAGAAAAAGAAAUAUAUGACAUCUGAUCUUAUUUUUGGAUUCUCUUAACUUUUGUUGCUAA